CCAUCAUCCACUCAGUAUCCCCUAUGUGACAAAGUUCCAUCAUCCAUCCACACACGGUGAAGGAUGGAGAUGCGUAGACUACAGAGAGAGAAGUGAAUAAGGAGAGGAUGAAGUGGUCAUGCUUUCCAUGGCCAAACCUCAUCUCUUCACCCAUCGCAUUGUGUUCGAGCUCGUUUCCUUCAAAUUCCCCUUGCUGCCUCGUCAAGCCUUCUGUGACUCCAGUUGUUCUCUCCUCCAGAAGACCUCCCUACAACUCCCUUGUCUCCCAGGCAGUAAGGCUGCUGGGUCCUCCUGCAAAAUUCGAUGCUUCAAAGCUCAAAGUUGCAUUUACCAGAGAAGAGACUUGUACAUAUAGCAGAGUUUUGCCAAGAAUUUACACACUUUCACAUUGCGAUUUUACAGCAAAUUUGACAUUAACUAUCUCAAAUGUCAUCCACCGCGAUCAGUUAAACAGGUGGUAUAAUAAAGAUGAUGUCAUUGCUGAAUGGAUAGAAGUGAAAGGAAAUAUGUGCCUUUAUGUCCAUUGCUUCGUGAGUGGACCAAAUCUCUUACAAGAGUUGGCUGCAGAGUUUAGAUACCUUAUAUUCUCGAAGGAGUUGCCAUUGGUACUUAGGGCCGUCUUAUAUGGUGAUUCAGCUCUGUUCAAAGAGCAUCCACAACUAACAGAUGCUUCAGUUCAAGUCUUCUUCCAUUCUAGUUCAAAGAAAUACAAUCAUGUUGAAUGCUGGGGCGCGCUCAAGGAUGCCGUGAAGGGAAGACCAAGAGAUUACAUAAAUGUACUGUGAUCAUCAGCUAGAAGGAAAGCAACAUUCUCGACCAAGUAAUAUUUGGGGAAGCACCAAGUCCAUCUCCCUAAGCAGUGGGAACCUCUCCUUUAACAAUGGUGUGUAGAACCUUUGGCCUGAAGAAUCCUGCAGACCCAGAAGCUAAUGGCCAGGUCAAACUCUCAUUGAUCC